AUGUCGCUGAGCGAGGAGCUCCGAUCGCGAAAUUUCAGCAUCUAUGGACAAUGGACGGGUGUGCUGUGCAUUAUCCUUUGCCUUGCGUUAGGAAUCGCGAACAUCUUUUCAUUCAACGUGGUUCUCAUUAUCAUCAGCGUUAUCAGCAUCGCCUCGGCAUUUGUCAUUCUCUUUAUUGAAGUACCAUUCCUCCUCCGAAUUUGUCCCACAUCCCCAACAUUCGACGAAUUCAUCCGCAAAUUUACAACCAACUCGAUGCGCGCCCUCAUUUACGCUGCCCUCGGCGGUAUCCAACUUAUCAGUCUUGUCGAAUAUGCUUCCAGCUUGAUCGCUGGUGCCGUCUGCCUUUUCAUUGCGGCUGCUUUCUAUUCACUGGCGGCCCUAAAGAAGCAAGAGUUCGUUGGUAGCAAGACCCUUGGUGGCCAAGGCAUUGCGCAGAUGAUUGUCUGA